GUCAGCAGGAAAGACCAGCCUGAUCAAUGCGAUCUUACUCGAAGCGGUUGCGGGCGCCCGCGAGGAGCUAAAGGAGGACCGUGGGGGACGCUUGAACUUGAUGCCCACGUCCUUCAACGAAAACACUCGCAUCGUCACAGAGCUGGAGUUAAGUCCUUCCUGCGCGGCCAUCGAGAUCCGCCUCAUGGAGACUGUGCGGGAGACGGUGCAGGAUCCAGAGCUAGCGCCCCUUCAGGAGGUCGGCGAGGAGAUCCGCCCGAAUGCUGUGCGGAAUUUCAAGCUCUUGCAUGGAUAUCCGGUAGUUCUCUCUGGAUCUCGUCCGCUGCGGCGAUUGCAGAAGCACCUCCAGGAGCUUUGCGCAGCGCAGGUUCCGGCAGGUUCCCAUCGGCGCCUUCAUGUGCGGCUGCCCUCGCAAAACCUGGAGCAUGCGCUCUCGAUCAUCGACACUCCCGGCCUGGACAGUCCAUCGGUAUGGAGGCAAGUCUCCGACGUGGUUCAGUCGAAG